AUGAAUAUUAAAUAAUAUAUUCUUACAGUUUCUUUCUUGCUUUGUCUUUACCUUGAAUAUGCAAAAGGAGAGAGUAUCUUAGAAGCUCAGCAAAAAAUAAUAGAAAGAGAUUACCAAAUUUCAAGGCAGUUUACAAUGACUAAUUUAGAAAAACAAUAUGAAAAUUUAAAGCGAUAACCUAAAUUUAUACAAUUCAUUCAGAGAUCGUUUUCUUAGAUAAAAAAAAAGGAAUAAACCAUUUAAAUCUAUGGAUUUUUAUUCUUCCUAAUAUUUUUAAUUGUUUACUUUUUAGCUCUUUCAAUCAAAAAUCAGAUAAAAACUACAUUGAAGAUGAAAUUAUUCAGAUUAAUCAACAAUAUUCUCGGGGAUAUCUCUAUAAUAUUGUUUAUAUCCUCUCUUAUCCUUAUAAUCAAUUACUAUGAUGGGUUUAGUUUCCUCGAUAGUUAUUUAUAUUUAGAUUCAUUAUGUAUGGCUAUUGCUAUUUUUUCUAUCAUUUGGCUUUUCAUAGGAGUGUACAAUAUUCUUGUCAGCUAGACAUAGUCUAAGAUUUGGCGUGAAUAUGAAAAAUAAAUUCCAAACAGAAAAGUAAUUAAAAACGAUUAUGAGAAUUUGCAUAUGUUAAUUAACCAUAGCCGUUACUACCCUGAAAACAGAAUUGAGUAGGUAGUUUACACAUCCUAGCAAUAUACUGAACUUAAAGUCAAGAGGGACAUCUUAGAAUACUUUUUAAUGAGGCAAGAAUUCAUAGCACCCUCUUACUAGCCUACAUGUACAGAAAAUUUUCUCAGAGAAGAUUUUGAUUUUUCUAAUUAUUUGAUCAGAUGUUUAGGAGAGUUGGGAAAAUAGGUAUUCAAAAUAAAUGGUUAUAGUAUGAUAAUUUUAAUUUUCUUGAUUGGAUUAAGGCUCUUUUUAAGUUGGUUAGAUGAAGAGAAUGAUUAUAGCUUUUACAUAAUGUCAAGUAUUCCUUUAAUCAUCAUGUUAUUCCUCAUCGUAUUCCUCAGAAAAGUUAUGAUAAAUUAUAGAAUGCUAGUCAACAUUGUAGAUAGUCCUGUUGAAGUGAAAUUUACAGAAUUCGAAAAAAAUAGAGAUCCUAUGGCUAAUAUAGAUAGAUUGAGGCAGCCUUAAUACUUGCUUUUACCCUAUGAUUUAGAGAGCUAGUAUAAUUAACAUGAAAAACUUUUUUGGUUUAACAAGCCUGAGAUUAGUUAUUAGUUUAUUCACAUACCUCUCUUUAUAUAAUCAGUGUGGAUGAUUGAAAUGCUUUACGAAUACUAUACCCCUAAGAUAUAUCUUUAUUAUUUACUUUUAAGUUUAUCAGUAGGCUUUAGUUUUAUUAGUGUUUUUAUUCUAAUUCCUGCACUCUUCUACUAUGUCACUAUUGUUACAAAUAUAUAAAUGCUUAAAAAAAAAUAAAUUAUCCAGAAAGUAGUCUUCGAUUAAAGAAGAUUCAAAGCCAGAUAAAUUGAAAAGUUCUCCUAAUACCUAAACGACGAAGCUCGUAACUAGGGUCGCUCUAACGUCUCAUUUAGAGAAGCUUACAUAGAGAAAAAGUAGUAUGAUGACAUAAGAGAUUCCUUUUAAUUCCACUAAUAGUUGGAAAAAAAGUAAUAGAAUGAAUAAGAACACUAAGAGGAAGCAGAUGAAGAAUCAUAAUAACAUAAAGAAUUAGAAGUGACUCUUGAUAAAUUCGUAAGCGUUGUUAAGUAACUAGGUUCUACUCUAAAUUACACGGCUUUCAAGAUACUAGUUAGACGUUGUGUGUCAAAAGAAAAAGGAACUACUGUGACAUAUGAGAAUUUUGUAAAAUAUUUAAAAGAAAAGUAAGCAUUCUUUGGAGUGGAUGCAAAUGAGUUUAUUUAGCUUUUGUUCACAGAAGUUUUUAAUGAAAAUGUAAGAUAGGAAAAUAAAUAGUUAAUUAGUGAAAAAAGAUUAAGGAAAAUUAUUAAAUAAAGUAAAAUAUUUACAACAAAUACAGAAAUUGACGAUAUAAUUGAAGAGGUUAAUUAUCUGCACUCGGAUGGAGUUAAUAUAUCUAUACCUGUAUUAGUCGAUUAUAUAACAGAUACUGUAGAAUGCUACCCAAAAUGA